GCACUCAGUCAGCGGAUAGACAGUGAUCAGUGAGCAAGUGUGUAGUUUGUCGCUUAUCAACGUGAAUUCGCCAACUAUCGGUUCCACUCCACAAAUCCACCGGUUUUGUUGUCAAGUUAUCACUUACACCAUCAAACAGUCUUGUCAAGUUAUCAGCUCCAACUCCAUCAACCAGUGUUCAUUCUACAAACUCAGUUGUUGCCCCGACAUGUAGACGACGACAUUCUUUGCCCGAUCGUCUAUAAGUUACAAACUCCUCCACUAACCAUCCCUACAAUGGUCGACUGUUGUCCUCAACAGACCCCGAUGUACCACAACGGUCACACCUACACUCAGCAACAGGCCAUCGCUCUGCAGCAAUACUACCAACAACAACAGCAACAACACUACCACAACAACUACAGUCCCUCUUCGUCGAGCAGCUCGAGUAGCUCUCAUGGCUACCCGUCGCCCCCUGACCAGGACUACCAGCGCCGCUUGAAUGCCUACUGUGGCUUCAACAAUGAUCCCUUGAACAGGAACAACGGGUAUGUGCCGCCCUACAACAACUAUCAACUGGACAACAACCGGGUCUACGAUCAGAGCCGCUAUCAACAACAGCACAUGCACCACCACAUGUACCGGCAACAUGGCCAUGCAUACUAUCAUGGUCACGAUACUCAACUCACCAGCAGCAGUUCGAACCCGGUGCGCGAGUCGCGGAAUAGGGCGGAGAAGAACCGGCGCGACAAGAUGCUGCGUUCUGUGCACGAGCUGGGGCGCAUUGUGCCCCUCGUGUCGCUGGCUUCGGCCGCCAACAAGCGCACUGACCGCACCGGCAUACUCAGGCUCACCGCCUCAUUCAUACGCAUCGAAACACAACUGAAGCCGGGACUUCUCAAGCUGCUGCAGCCCAAUAUUAAGAGCUUUGACUGGGAAAAGUUUCUGCUGGAGAGUCUGGAGUCAGUCUUGCUAGUGGUUUCUGGAAGUGGAAAGAUUGUGUUCGUGUCUAACACUGUAAAAGAUCUCCUUGGUCAUGACCCGCUGGACAUGUUGGGUCGUCAACUGACCGAUUACACCCAGAAGAACGACUGCGAUGAACUCAACAAACAGCUAAAGAUCAAUCCGGACGAAAACACUUCGGGCUACACGGCUGCAGAAGUGGCAGCGAGCGAUGAUUCGUCAGACUCGUCGUCACAGUGCAGCGGCGGGGGGGCAUUGAUGCGGCCACUGGCAGGCGCCCAGGCGGCCGGCCUCGAGGACGAGGUGUGUCUGCCGCGCUCCUUUUUGCUGCGCCUCAGUCGCGGACCCAAGCCACCCUCCAAGGCCGCCAAGAACGAGAAGCUCGACUAUCAGCUGGUGCAUGUCAACGGCCAUCUGCGCCUCUCCACGCGGCCCGACCCUGCCGCCCGGCAGCUCGCCAAGCGCAACCGCACCCAACAACAAUACACGGAGAACGACGUAUUCCUUGUGGCGCUUGUGCGGCCGGUGAAGGAGCGCAUCCUGACGCUGGGUGAGUUCAACGUGCGGGAGGAGUACAUCACCCGGCACCACAUCGACGGCCGCAUCAUCUACACCGAUCACCGCAUCUCGAUGGUGGCCGGCUAUCUGCCCGGCGAGGUCACUGGCAUGCCCGGCUUCAAGUACAUGCACAAGGAUGACGUCAUGUGGACCAUGAUUGCAUUGCAACAGAUGUUCUGUGGUGGUAAACGGAUUGGAAACAGUUGUUACAAAAUGCUAACAAAGAAUGGAAAGUUCAUCUUCAUGAGAACACACGGCUAUAUCGAGUUGGCUGACGAUGGAGAAACAAUCCAAUCAUUUGUCUGCAUAAACACGGUCGUAUCGCAACAGGAGUUUGAAAAACUGAACAAAGAGAUGAAAGAAAACUUUUCACCUGUUAUGAAUCAGAGGCGAAAAGAGAUCUCCAAUACUGAGCGGGGAAGGAAGGAAGCUACUCCGAACGUGGUGGAGCCGAACCCAUUGGCGCCCGAGGUUGAGGACCCGGUUCAGCUGCAGAAGUACAUCAAGAACCUGCUGGUUGAAGGCAUUCCGUCGGUGCCGAGCACCCUGGACACGCCCGAGGACUGCAAGGAGAUCGAGAACUUCAUGAACGUGGUGACCAAGAACAUCCCGCCGGUGUCCUACCUCAACCAGCAGAUGAACCUGAAUCCGCCGGUGGUGAAGGUGGUGAAGAGCGACGACAAGCAGAGCAGCCAGGGUCCGCCACCGCCACUGCCACCGCCCCCGCCUGCUGAGCCCAUCAACCAAAGCGUCACCAUCAAAAUGCAGCAGCAGCGGCCGUCUGUGCUCAGGAGGAUCGUUAGCACCAGGGAGCCGACGACCUCCUACGAGGGAUGUUCAGUGAGCAAGCGCAUGCGCACAGAGGUGCCAGUGCAGGAGACGCGCGCCACAGUGCUGUGCCAGACACCAAAGCCACCCCCCUCCCCUCAGCUCGCCCCUGCCUCUACCACCGCACCGCCCUUGCCGAUCUUGCCGCCCCUUUCGCCACCCAUGGACUACGCGGGGGCGGACAGCGCCGACCUCAAGCUAUUCCUGAACGCCGCCGCCUCCGACUACCCGUGUCCCUUCGAGGAGGCCACCAGCCUCGGCGAGUUGGUCGCCACCGAGCCACCCUGGCUGCACACGCCCACCAACCAAGAGUACGAGGCUUUGCAGCUUGUUGAGGGUCUGACCAAGACUCAGUCCCAUUUGGAGUUGCGCUUGCAAAGGCAGACACAGUCUCUGACUGAAAUCACCGAAAAUCUCGACAUGAUUCAGCCAAGUGACCUGGAUGACAGCGACAUCUCCACUAUAGCUCGGCUCAGAGAUCUCACUGAAACAACCACUCAGCAACUUUCAGAACAGGAAGUUACUCUGAGAGAUCUGCAGAGGGAUACUCAGCACAUAUUCCUCGAAGGUCACAACUACCCAGUCAGAGCCGAUGCCGGAGAUCUCCAAUUCUUGAACAAUGUAGAUGACAAGUACCUGUAACUCCUCAACCUUUUUUAUCACGUUUCUUUCAGUUGCUAUAUUUAGUUGUUUCCUUAGUAUGUUGUUUUAGCACUGUAGUGGGUUACAUCCCAGAUUCAGUUGAUAUUUUACAAUUGAUUUACCAUUGGAACGAGAAUAAUUUUCGUGGCUCAACAUUGUGAGGAACCUGAGUUGUUAGACGACAUUUCUGUUGAAAUUAUUAUUACUUUCGAUUUGCAAAAAUCAUUGUUAAACUAAAACUUUUUACCAAUUCCAGCUUUAAGAACAUCAGUUUUAGGUGAAUUAAUAUUUAGGACUCACUGUUUUCAAUGUACUGUACUUGAAAACACUAAUUAUUUGUUCAAUAAUGUGCUCACUAAUCUAUGGUCUGAUUUGCGACUGAAGCUUCAAUGAAUCAAUAACAGUGAUAGAAAUAUAGUGCAAUACUUUUCAAGUGAAGUAAACUAUUCAAAAUCCUUCUAGUCAACAUAUUUCGACUCUCUCUACUCAUUGUAUCAAAUUUUAAAGUUGAUUGAAACUUUGAACUGUUCAGAAUUUUGCAUAAAAACUUUACUCUGAUUUAUAUCACGAUAUACAAGUGUUACAAGUUUAUAUCACUUGUGUUACAAGUUUGUGUUUCUUGAAUGGUUCCAAAAUUUCUUAAAUAACUCAAUAUUAUUCGUUACAAGUGUCAAUUGAGUGGAAUAUUUCUAAUUAAUUUAUUAAUUCAAGCCAUCUAAAUUCAAAAUUUAUAGUUUUAAUGUUUAUUUUGGACUAAAAUUUUAUAAAAAUUGUACAUUUUAUAAAAUGUAUUUUAUAAAAAUUUUAACCUUAUCUUGGACUUUGUCACUUAUAAAUUUGGAAGAAAAAUAGCACAAGGACUACCUUAUUAUUUUAUCUUUCAAUGUUAUCACAUUAGUGUCAUUUGCAUUGUAAAUAAAUAAAAAAAAUAAAAUAAAAUACAUUUUUGGAUAUUGAUGGAUGGAUGGACUCAUUAUUUACAUUGGAUAUUAUCAUAUUAUUCACGUUGGAUAUUAUCAUAGACUUAUUAUUCACAUCUUUAUUCAAUCUGCUUUAAAUCUAGGUUCCUUACAAUGUUGCAUGAACAAAUUUUUGAGAUUGUUUUAGCUUAAAAUCAUGAUAUUGAGACUAACUUUCUAUAAAUUUAUUGUUACAACAAGCACUAGAAAAUUCAAGUCAACUUGAUCAUAAGUAAAAUGUUACACUUCUUAUCUUAUAUAAAAGUCUUUUCUUAUACAAGUACUGCUGACUGAGAAAUUUCUGUGUUCCGUGUAAUAUUUUUUCUAUAAAUUGAUUUAUGUGUUUUUUAAAGUAUCUCGUUAAGCAAGUUUUAUGUAUUCACUUGAACAUACCUUUUGAGUAGGCUCUCAUAUUUUAAUUUAUUUUUAUGAGUUUUUCAAACUAGUUGUUAUUGUUCCAAUGAAUUCUUUGUCAUCGUAUCAAUUGUUUGGAAUAAUUGAAUUUUUAUCCAGAGUUUUAUGUGACAUAACUUUUUAGCUUUUUAAGUAACACUCUUGUUAUUCCAGUUAUCUCAAGCCAUAGGCCUACUUGACUCAAGUGGAAAGUAGAAAAGCAUAAUCUACUUUCGGGACUAGUAUAAUAUUAUGAAUGAAAAUCCGAGGAGGGACAGUCUGUUGAUCCUCCCUCAAUAAUUUUAACUGAUAAUUGUGUGUCAUUGAAUCAAUAAACGAAUUAUGAAAUUGAAAAGCCUGUAGGAUAGUUAGACCAAUAUUUGAGUGUUCCAUUCGAAUUGAAGCUUUCAAAAAUAUUAUUCUCCUCGAAUGUAAACCUGAAAAUAACCUGAGAAGUGAAUUUGACGUAAGUAAUUUUAUGUAAAAUUUCAGCUAUUCAUAAUCUGUGAAAGAAAGUAUAAGAUUUAUAAAGUAUGAUAUUAGUAGUUAUACCUUUUCUGAUAUUUUCAACAAUGAGCAAGUCUGGUGGGAAAAUUGGAACUGUAAUAGAAAUAUGUUGUCUCAAAAUAGUUCUAUUGAAUUGUAAAUGUUCAUUUCCAUUUUAGAAAUGGAAAACCAAUUAAUUUAUUCGAAGACGCUGGCCUAAUGCCCUGGUUACCAAGGUGUUCCAAGGGGUCACCAAGGGUGACCAAGUAUUGGUCCAUAAAGCUUACAUUCAGUAACGUACUUCAAGAACUUAAAGUCUUACAACGUUUUGAGAGGAAUAGUGUUAUUAACCUGAAAAUGUUGGUUAAUCAAUUCAAUAGAAUUCAUUAUCAUCUUUUCCAUCACCCAUACACAAGUUUAUUAUAACUGAUUUGGGCAGCAUAAAUUCCAACAAACUUUGGAAUGGAAUACCAACUAAAGACCUUAAAGAGAUAAGGUCUAUAAUACCAACUUUAGGUCUUUAAGGUAUUUGUUUCCAACUAUCUCAUGACAAUGCUCAUAAUUAUUUAAUUAAUACUUUCUAAACACAUGAUUUUGAAUUAUUACUUAUACUUUUUCAACAUUAUUUAAACCCCCUUCUAAACUCAGUCGUUUGUGAUUUAUGAUAUUACCAUAUUAUAUUACUGAUUUUGAUAUUAAAUUACAUUUUGUGAUUACUGAUAUUAUUAAUAUUAUAUUUCAGUUAUCUUCAUUACUCUUGUUUAAUUUCAUGAUUAUAAAUCCAUUCAGUGUAUCUUGUUUCAUUAGGGUGAAGUUCAACUGCUUGAAUCACCAAAAAUUCGCCCUAUCUAAGAUCAUGUUCAGUAUGAUAUUAAUAGUGUAAAUAUGUGAUUUAAUAAUCAAUGUAUAUUUAAUACUAUGUGUUUUGUUUGGAAAAGAUUUGUUUAGUUUUUGAAACGUCAAGACUGUGGAAAUGAAUUAUUGUGUCUAGCGAAAUUGUUAUCCUGUAAGCUAUAAGCAGUUCAAUAUAAAUAUUUCUUGUUUUGUUUGGUUUAUGAGUAAUACUUUCAGAAUGAAUAUUCUAUGUGAGGUACUGUUUAAUAUUUAUGUGUAAAUAUGGGCUGGAGGCGAGAGAAAAAACAAUAUUGGAUGUUUAUUCGUUCUCAUCUUGUUUCAUUUUUUUAAAUAAAUAAUAAAUCACAGUAACAUAAUAGAAAUGGUGUAUGUUGAAAUAUAUAAAUAUGUAUGCUUACAUCAUUAUACUCAAUGUUAAUCUAAAUAUAUUGUUAUUAUAGCUAGCUUCUAUUGAACAAUUAUGUAUACCAGAAAAUGUAAUGAAUAGAUUUUAUAAAAUUUCAUAAAUUUUAUCAAUUUUAUAUAAGUAAAGAGUUUAACAACAAACUAUACAACUUAAAACUAAUAAAUGGUUCCAUGUAUUGGUUUACCACUCAACCAUUUCUAUUAUUCAUAUUUUAGACUCCAAAAGAUCAAUCAUUUGAAACAGAAUUUUCAAGACAUUGCCUAAAUGAAACAUGAGGUUUUUGUAAAUAGCACUUUCAAAGGUUUUGAUUGCUUUGUAAUUUCUGUAUAUACACUUAAUGAUAAUUGUAUAAUGUAAAUAAGAAUUGUACUGUAUUACUAUUAUUAUCAUCAAAGAAAAUAUUUAGGAAAACCCAUUUGCAUUAUCAACUGGACAUCGGAAAUUGAUGUAAACUGCUCUAUUGCUUUUUGAUAGAAUUUGGUCUUGAAUACUCUAUAGUUUAGAUGGGAUAAAUAGGUUUAAUAUAAAGUAAUAAUAUAGGCUUCAAAAGUGUAUGUUGCCACAAGUAUCGUUAGAAUUCCUGAUCAAUGAAUGUUUGUCAUUAUAGCAACAUACAUAUAUUUUGUAAGUGUCUGGCCAUAAUAAUCUGAUCUAAAAUAAUGUAGUCAAUGUUUCGGAAAAUGAGUGGAUAAGUUUACUAUAAUGAUAAUUAUGUGUUAUUGUAUCCCCAGCAAUGAAUACUCCAUUUUAAAGCAAACCUUGGAAUUAUGAGCAAGAUUCAUGUGAAAUCCCUUAUGUCUCCACUGUACUCUACCCUUGAGCGUCGUAAAAAUUGACUUGUAAUUCUUGUGCAGUAAAUUGUGACAAUCUGUCAUUUUUUACCAUAUUGAUUAUACUUGAGAGUUUAUGAAGUUCGAAUUUGAAUCGAAACUCAAUUUAUUGUAGUCUUACUGUUGGAGAAUGCUUCAUUAAUGUGUAUUUUUUCAAAUACUGAUAAUCUUUAAAAUUAAGUUCUAUUGUUUUUUGCCAACAACAGACAGAUUUAUUUAGUUCUUCACUGAAGUUCAGCUCAAUGUGGAAAGCAAUAGGAAGGUUAGCAUCUUCCUACCUGUUACCUUACUUGAAUUAUUCAAAUAACUUUGACGAUUUUUAUUUGAGAAGUGUUGAACGAGAACUGUAUGUAGUAUUGCUGUUUAAAGAAAGUAUAGAUAAAAUUCUAAGGCUCUAAAACAUGCCUAUUCACCUAAAAGUUCAAGGUGAAUGAACUAGAUUUUUGAGAAAUUGAAGUGUAUGAUUCUUAUUGAAAUUAUUGCUAUCUAUAAACUUCAAACUAAAAGAUUUUUCGGUUAAAUUUGGAUACCACAUUCCGGUAUUUCAUCGAAAUAUCCUUUUUCUAUCUUCAAUAUGAUAAUUUAUAUUUCUAUUCCCUGUAUUACUUGAACCUAUGUUAAAAAUUUAAUAGUGGUUCGUGAUCUAAAUAUAAUGUUGAACUAUUGAUAUAUUAUAUAAAUAUUGUUUCAUUAAAAUAAAAUUUAGUCAAAUUCCAUUAUUUCGUAAAUUUCAGUAAAUCGUGCGUAAUAAAUUUUUCCAUAAAAAAAUAUUCGAUUUAAAAAUAACAGUAUCUUCAUUUUAUUAAUUCAACUCAUAAUGAAAAUUGUUUAUUUUUAGUUGGUUAUACAAUCUUGAAAAUAUUUAUUGAACAAUUUCAAAAUGUAUCCCCACAUGCAGCAUCCACUAAUAUUGUGUAUGGGAUGAAAGAAUUUAAAAUUAUAUAAACAUUUAAAGUGCUCAAGCUAAUGUGUUCAUAAUUCUUGAGUAAAACGGCAGUUGAAUAAACUUAAUUUUAAGCUUUAUCUUUUUAUACCUUUGAGAAAAUAUUAGAAUAAUUUUUUUAAUGUACUCGUACAAUAACAUUGAAAUUAAACCACUAAUAAUAAGUAACUAAGGUUAUCCUGUUGUUCAAACUUGAAUAUUCAUCUUAAUGCUAUCCACUUUGAAAAAAAAUUGAGAGAGAGGUAAUUUAAAAAUAAUUUUCAGCUCUGUAAAAUUAAUUGAAUUUGUAUUUUCAAUAGUUCCCAUUUGUACGAUCUUGGCUUAUUCUUUCGUUUACUAAAUUAAACUCAAUUUGGAGCAUUACAUUUGAACUACUAGACUGGAAAAUUUUAACUUGAGAAUCAAGUUUGAUUUCAAGGUCAUCGGAGUCCUACUCCACCAAAUCAGUAAUACCAAUUACAAUUAUAAAAGAAGAAUAACUUAAAGUAGUAGUAUUCAAUGGAAUAUCUGUCUGUGACUUGCGCUAAGAUUAUGAUGAAGAUUUAUCAUUUCUCUCUCAACCUUCUAAUAGGCUCGAUUGUUUUUUUUUAUGAAUUACAAAUACAAAUAUUUAUCAAUGCUGCACUGAAAACUAAGAAUAUCUUGUAAUUUUUACUUUUUGUAGUUCUACAUGCUAAGAUUCAUUAAAUCUUCUAGAUUUUGUUUUUUCUAUUCGGAUGGAGAAGAUGAGUUUUAUCUUCAGUUUCAAUUAUUCUGUUUAUUCUAAAAUAAUGUUCUAUCUGACAAUUGUUGAAUAAUUGAGAUAUGAACUUCCUUCUUCGAUCGAACUUUGAUUCUGUCAUACAUUAUUAAAUGCAGUAUGUAAAUCUUCAGAUUAACUACCUAUUCAAUUUAAGAAGUAGAUAGAAAUAAGUGUAAUGUUAUGCAAUCCCUCCUACCUUUGGUAACUUUGAUUUCUUCAAUAUUAUUAUAAUCAAACUCAAUUAUUUUUAUUUCUUGGACUCUGUUAUAUUUGCAUGCUGUUUGGUAAUAAUUAAAAUAACUAACUGAAUCUGUACUUUGUCUUUGAUUGUUAUGUGUAAAACUAAUUGUGUAAAUUACUUUUUUAUAGUUUAUGUUAUAUCCAUUUUAUAUAAUUUUAGGUACCAUUGUAAGACUGAUGAAAACGUAAUUGUAUAUCAUGUAGAUGUUGAAAUGUAUAAUUAAAUAGAAAUGAAUUUGUGAA